AUGCUGACCGCAUACAUACGUAGUGAAUUCUGGGGUACCUUCAUGAUCUUGCUCUUUGGAGCAGGUGUCGAAUGCGAGACCCGCCUGAACUACCAGUCGGCCGACAUUCGCGAGAAUGCCGGUGACUUCUUGCAGUGCCGUCUAGCCUGGGCAGCCGGCGUAGCUAUGGCCGUUUGGAUGUCCGGUGGCGUAUCAGGUGGACACUGCAACCCAACUGUGACAGUCGUCCUCGCCCUCUUUCGCGGUUUCCCCUGGCGCAAGGUGCCUAGCUUCUUGGCCGCGCAGGUCCUGGGUGCCACCUUCGCCAGUCUUGCCGUCUAUCUGAACUAUUCUACCAGCAUCGCAGAGUACGAGGGCGGUGCUGCCCGCACUCUGAUCGGCGAACAUGCCACUGCCGGUCUCUUCUUUACCUUUCCCAAGUCCGGGCUUCCUUAUGCCGGCGCCUUUUACACCGAGUUCCUUGCCUCGGCCGUCCUGGUGGCCAUUGUAUUUGCCCUAGCCGACAAGAAUAAUCUAUCGCCGCCCAAGGGCACGCAACCCUUUGCCAUGUUCUUGGCUCUGUUGGCCAUCGGCUCCGCCUUGGGCAUCAACACUGGAUACGCCAUGAACGGUGCCAGAGAUACCGGCCCGCGUAUUGCGUUGGCCAUCGUUGGAUAUGGCUCAGAUGUCUUCACUCAUGACACCUACUAUUGGCUGUGGGCUCCCUGGGCUGCUGCUAUUGUUGGUGGUGUUGCGGGUGCUUGCGUGUAUGACGGAUUUAUCUACACGGGGCGUGACUCUCCGUUCAACAUCCCGAGGAAGGAAGACGACUGA